AUCAGUACGUUGCGGGCCUUCCUUUAGCACGGAUCGUCUUCGCCAGUGAACUCGCAGUUGGAUUUUGAGUUUUCUAGGUUUUUUUUUGUACGUUUGGGAGUGUGCGGACCGGCUGCCACAAUGGACAGCUUCAAGAACAAGGACUACGGAACGAAAAUCGAGUACGAUCCACUAUGGGAAGGCCCGAUGAAAACAAACAGAACCAAAACCGACCAGGGUUUCUUGAUCGGCUUCGUGGUAUUCCUAUUUUCGUGGCUCAUCAUUGGAGGAAUCAUGAUCACUCAAGGAUACGGGAUAAGAUCAAUGUCGGAUGACAACUCAAUGGUUGACUUCCGUGCGCUUUCAAAACAUCAAGGAGUCAUAAUCAGCAUGAUAUUCAUGGGAAUUGCCUUGGCUGUCUGCUACAUCGUCGCUCUCAGAUGGUUCGCCAAAUUCAUCGUCUGGUCAGCCAUCGUGUUCACGAUCGUCAUUCUUACGGCUGGAGUCAUCUUUAGUAUCGCAGGACUCUCGCAGAACAAUACGCCAGUUGGUGGCGAAAUAUACGUAAAGACCGGCCUUAUGGUGAUAUUUUUGAUCGUUUUCGUCGUCUGCGUCAUCUACUUCCGUAAAAAGAUCAAGGUCGCUUGCGAAGUUAUUCGCGAAGCCAGCAAGGCUCACUUGAGUUUCGCAUCGUCCUUCUUCAUUUUACUCAUUCCAGCUGUAUUUUACCUUGCAUCUUUGGUAUUCUUCCUCGUGGUUCUCUUGAACGCGCAGAGCAUUGCUACCGCCAAAUAUGAAGAUGGCACACCGUUUUGGAUCUAUGCUGUUCACUUAUUUAAUUUCUUCGGUCUUUUGUGGAGCUGCAGCUUCACCAAUGGUCUCACUCAAAUGGCUUUGGCUGGCGCUUUCGGUACCUGGUACUGGACUCAUCGCAAGGAGAACGUUCCCCGUUUUACCCUCUUGAAAUCCUGCAAAACUGUUGUUGUCUUCCACAUGGGCACCGUCGCGUUCGGCUCUUUGGUCAUUGCCAUUUGCCAGCUGAUCAAGAGCUUGUUCCAGGCAGCGAGAUCGGAUUCGGGCAACAGUGGCAAUGGUUUUGGCCGUCUCAUGUCUUGCUGGUGCGGCUUUCUCUGGGAAAACAUCGAGCAGUUUGUCAAAUUUAUGGGCCGCAAUGCCUACGUGAUGAGUGCCAUCCAUGGUACCAACUUCUUCACCUCGGCCAAGAACGCCUUCAACCUCAUCAUGCGCAACCUCGUCAGCACUCUGGUUCUCAACAAUGUCAUCGAUGCCGUCUUGGCGCUCGGUGUCUUGCUCGUUUUCGCUAUCACUUCAGGAGUCACUUACGCUCUCGUACAUAAAGAUAAUGAAGAAGGUUCCAUAAUAGCAAUUGCCAUUCUCUUGGUCCUCGUAGUAACCCUGUUCUUCGUCAUUCCUAUUUUCAUGGUGCUCCAAGUCGCUUGUGACACCAUCUUCCUGUGCGUGCUCGAGGAUUACGAGAGACACGACGACUCCGAGACCAAACCCUACUAUAUGAGCAAGAAGCUGAAGAAAUUGCUCCUCGCCAACGAGGAGGAAAUUAGACUUUAAAUUACAAGGACAGUACUUGACCAUCGCAUAGAUUUAACUUAUGACGUCAAUUUAAUUACAUAUUCAAUUGUUUAUAUUGUUUAUUGUAUAAAUUAUGAAUGUAAUAGUAUUGAAGAAUUAUCGAUUACAAUUAUAGUUAAAUAAUGAAUUUUAUGAUACAAUAUUUAUAUUUAUUUUUGACAUGACGCUUAGUUGAACUAGCUACUGAUAAUUGUAAAAUAGAUUUAUAACAUCAUAAUGACGAUAUUUUUGUAAUACUCCAUUAAUUUAUCUCAAACAAUUUUGAUUUUCUUUUUUUAUUAAUUAUUAUAGUUUAGUCUUUGUACCUGUAAACAUUAAAAGUAUAUACAAUUAAAUGUUCAUAUUUUUUAUAUUUAAUAAAACAUAAAAACAAACACA